AUGAGCAAUUGAUUUUUUUUUAAAAAAAGAGCAAUUGAUUAUGUCAUAUAAGUUAAUACAGUAUUAAAUUAUGAACUUUCUGAAGCUCAUAUAAAAGCCCUCCAUCCAGCCCAGCCACUCUCAGCAGGUUAAGUCAGUGGAGCACUUCGCAGGUUCAAUUUUAACCCUAGAAAGAAAAACAAAAUCUUACAGAUUCCAAGAACUGUGGUGGGUAUUUGAUAUUCUCCCAGUACACCCUCUAUCUUGGGGUGGAUGUCAAAGUAAGAGGCUUUCCUCUUGGCCAAAUAAAAAGACUGGAUUCUAGAGAAGUACUGUGGUGAAAAUUGGAAGAAAGAAUGCAGACAAUAUCUCAAAUCUUCAUCUUAAAUCCAACACCACAGAUGGCCAGAUGCAAGCAGAGAGUAGAUGAGCUUAUUUUACCUAGCCUGAAUUAUAGACGUUUUGGUCUUUCGUGGAAGCUUAGGCAUGGUGCAAGGAAGAUAUUAAAAAGGGAACAGGCAUAUCUCCCUGCUGCCGUUAUAUCAGAUGCCCGAGUUUCUUCUACUGAUUUUGAGGAUUUCUCAGUCUCUGUUGCUGACAACAAUGAUGUUAGAGAACUAAAGAUAAGCAUAGAGGUAUCUGGGAACAAAACCCAAAGUAUCUUUGAUGAUGUCUUUCGGAAAAUGGUUGCAGCAGCACAACCUAUCCCAGGAUUUCGAAGAGUAAAAGGAGGAAAAACGCCCGAUAUUCCAAAAGAGAUCUUAUUAGAAGUGCUUGGACCUUCCAAAGUUUAUAAGGAAGUUAUCAAGAAAAUAAUCAACUCGACUGUAGCUGAGUAUGUGGAGAAGGAGAGUUUGAUAGUUGGCACUGACUUGAGAGUUGAGCAAAGCUUUGAAGAUCUUGAAACUACUUUUGAGGAAGGAGAAAAAUUCAGCUUUGAUGUUGUGCUUCAUCCUCAAAAGUAGAACCUAUAUCUGUUUGUUCAAAUAUUGUUGCUGGUUCAAUGUGAUCAAUUUUCAAUGCCAAAUAUAACUGUUGCAAGAAAAUAUUACUGUCCACAAUGUCAUCUAUGAUCUAUGGCCAUCCUAGUGCUGGUGAGCAAUCAUCCACUUUCAUGAGCAGGAGGAGGAACGUGUAUGAAAAGAAAAAUCUCUCUUGAACAGCUGUUAAGUCUAAACUUCUGAAGAGGUUUUUUGCAUGACAUUAGAACAUGACAUUCUUGAGACCUGAAAUUGAGCUUGCUUUUCUUGUAUGAUUUGAGUAAUGGAUAACUAACCCAAUCAGAGAUAUUUAGAAAUGAGUAAUCAAGUAUUCUACUGUUUGUAAAGCAUGUUCCCAAUAAGGGUGAGACCUAACUCAAUCAAGUCGAUCAAUUGUCUCAUUUUAUUAUGGUGGAGUAAGGGUAUAUAUAAAGCAAUGUUGCAUUCAGAUCAGUAAGAUAAUUACAAAAUUGUCUGAAUUCACCGUCAAGCAGUUUUGAUUGA